CUAUCCCCCUCUCUCUUUCGCCUGUUACUCUCUCUCCGCUUCCGAUCUCUUCCUUAAUCCCAUUUGCCAUUGUACGUGCCCAAUCGCCGUAUACUUUCCGCAUUUAACUUGGAUGACAUUUUUAUUUCAUCAUUAGCAUCCGGCGCCAGACUGACGCUGUGGACAUGGUUGCGUUUUGACCAAGGAACACACAAGACUGGGAUGCAAUAUUUAUAUAAGCUAUAUGCGAUUUACUUUCUGAGUAAGCUAUUUAUUUGACCAAGGUGUAUUUAUUUUUUGACGUUCUCGUCAGCCACCUAUCCACGGAGACAUUGCGCAUUAAAUAUCUGAGAGAAGUGGAAAUUAACAGACGUCAAAGCCAAACCAUCGACUGUUUGUGAGCAAGCUUUGUUGUUGGCGAGUUGAGACUGAAUAUUUACUUCUUUGCAUUCGGAUCGCAAAUAUCCCACAGCCAUGCCCGAGACGGCACCAGAGACGUGCGCUACAGCUAAAGACUCCCCUUUCUUCAUCAAAAACUUGCUGAACUGUGAUAGCAAACCGUCUAAACCCAAGCCCAUUUUUGCCUCGACAAAAACGGCAUUGGAAGGAGGCUUUUCCUUCUCCCAUGUCGGGGAAUUGAACUUUCCUCGCUUUGAGUUACCUACACAGAGGUUUGCACUACCGGCACACUACCUUGAGCGAGCUUCAGCUUGGUGGUAUCCAUACACGCUGAGUGCGUCCAACCAUCUACACAGGACUGAAGUUGCAGCUAAAGCAAGUGCGAGAGACUCCUCUCCAACCUCCGGCACAGACCGCGACUCACCAGACCUGGUGCUCAAAUCCGACCCAGACGCUAAAGAUGACGAUGACAACAAAAGCGGCGAUGAGAUCGUUCUCGAGGAGAGUGAUUCAGAGGAAACAAAGAGGGAAAGUGGGGUAGAUGACUGGAAGAAAAACGAGGACGGCGCGGACAAGAAACCUUGUCGAAAGAAGAAAACACGCACUGUCUUCUCCAGGAGUCAGGUGUUCCAGCUGGAGUCCACCUUUGACAUGAAACGCUACUUGAGCAGCUCCGAGAGGGCCGGCCUGGCUGCUUCUUUACACCUGACAGAGACCCAAGUUAAAAUUUGGUUUCAGAACAGGAGAAAUAAAUGGAAGAGGCAACUGGCAGCUGAACUGGAAGCUGCCAACCUGAGCCACGCUGCAGCACAGAGGAUAGUGCGAGUGCCCAUCCUCUACCACGAGAGCUCGGCCUCGGAUACUGGAAGCGCGGCGUCCAACGUGCCUGUGAGCCAGCCGCUCCUCACAUUCCCUCACCCCGUCUAUUACUCCCACCCCAUCGUCACCUCCGUGCCGCUUCUCAGACCAGUCUGAGAAAAUACCUCAGUUAAAAAACUAAACAAACAACAACAACAAAAACUUUACAAAAAUCAGUCACUAAAAUAGCCUACACAAGACAUAUUUUUGUAACAAAAAAUACGACGAAGAGACUUUCUUGGAAGGGGUGAAUUUCUGAUAAAUUCCAAAGUUCAACGUUUAACGUACACGCCAUAUUAGUAAUAAUAUUAUUAUUGUUAUGUGACCCUUCAGUUAUCAGUGUAAAUAUAGCCGUGGUUUUUAUUUUCUCAGAUUCAGGAUAAAACAUGCAAAAUACCAAAUUUAUUAAAGUGCAGCAUAAUUUACAACAACGGGAGCAGAUUUGUAGGCUAUUUUUAUGUGAACAAUGAUAUUUUGAUGUGCAAUACUGUAAACAAUGUACAGUGAAUUAACAGUUGGCAUAGGCCUAUGUCCUACCCUUCUCCUUUUUGGCUGUUUUGGAACAUUGACAAGGCCACUUGGGCAAACUAUCGAACUGGUUUAAGGAUUCAAUUUCAUGAAGCGCGUUUACAGGGGACAAUCGAACACACUAUUUAUGUACAAUAUAAAUUCUGCUUUAUGUUUAUUGUAGGCCUACUAAUUCCCAUUUGGCCUAUAUUUUGUCGACAAUUUGACUUGUUAGCACUCUACCUUUAUCUGAAAUAUCACGUUGUGUUUGAAUCAAUUACGUGGUGUACAAAUGUAAAUGAAUAUAUUUAAUCGAGUUUAGGAAAAGAGCAAUCCAUUUGUGCUCUUCCUAUGUACAGUAAAAAAGAAAACCUUUUUGAUAUUGUAUUGCUGAAAUCUGAUGUGAAAUAA